AUUAAAUGUCAUCGGAAGUUAAAAAGAAAGAAAGGUAAAACUUGCUUGUUUAAGUUGAAGAUUUUUUGAAUAAAUAAUAGUAUGGUGGUUAAACAUUUAAAAAAAAGAAUGAGAUUUAGGAAGAAGUUGAUGUUUUUUUAAAUUUAUUGGGAAAUAUUAAUCCAUCUGAAACUCCAUAAAAUAAAACUUAGUUAAGUAUAAUUAUUUCUUAAGGAUCAUAUGAUUCAACUUUGCCAUCUUUUAGGGAAACAAAGUUAAAAUAUGUUAACUAAUUUGUAUAACAAAUGUUGAAAUUCUUAAGGGAAAUAAAAAAAUAAAUCUAAUAGAAUGAGUCUAAUAUUAAAUAAAAAAUAGAUUAGAUAUAUCAGUUUUAUUUGAAUUAGAUGGACGAUAUUGAUAAAUUAAUAUAAUACACUUAUGAUGUUGGAAAUAAGAAGCCAAAAAUCGUUGAAUAAAAUAAUUAUUAAGAUUAAAAGGAAAUAAAGGGAACUUUAUUAGAAUAAGAACUAGAAUCUUCUCUUGUUUAGGCUCACUAAUUGAAUGUAAUAAGUAUGUAUAUCAACAGGAUUAAUUAAACAAUAUACUUAAGCAAAAAUCAUCUGAAAAUUAUUAUAAAGAAAAAUAAUGUAAGCAGGCAUUACAAUCAAUUGCUAUAUUAGAAUCAUAAUUACAUUAAUUUAAGGGUUAAUUUUAGAAGUUCAAUUAAAUUGUUAAAAUUAUAAAUGGUUAAUUGAGUGAUUGUGUAAAUAGUGCAUCUGUAGAAAAUAAUAAAAAUAGAAUAGGAACUAAUAAAACUGCAUAUAAAACUAUAAAUUCUUAUCGCACACAUUUUACUAAUACAACUCCAAAUAAAAAAGGAAAAUUAGAAGAUAACUAUAGAUCAAUUUCAUAAAAUUCUUAUAGAUCAAGAAGAGAAGAGGUUGAUAAAGUUUAUAAAUAGUUAUUAAAAAAUUAUUUAUGAAUAGGAG